GGCCAACUAUCCUGCGAAGAGGGUCAGGACGUUUGCGCCGCAGUCUCCUUCCAAGAUGGCGCCAGGAUUCUGAAAGAUGUCUGCUUCUCCGCCCCGUGCCCGGUGCUCUGCGAGUCGGCCACGGCACGGAAGUGCAAUGGGCCGCAAGGUGAGGAGUUCUGCCUGCCGAUCGCCGACGACUGCCCAUUGGUGUGCGGGCCGGGUGAGGUCGAAUGCUACCUGGAGAACUUCGACGCAACGGGCCAGCGCCAGGAGGACUCGCUCCAAUGCGUUCUGCAGACGGAACUGCCCUGCCCAUGCGGCCGCAACGCUUUGAGCUGUGUAGACUCCCGACUGGGUGCAAGCUGCGUGGCAGCAACGGAAGACUGCCCGACCUCUUGCGACAGCACCAGCCGGCUGUGCUUGUCGGCAUCCUUCACACCGGAAGGCGCCUUCCAGGAGCUCCAGACCCAGUGCAGCGCCGUGCGCUUGCGGGGAGAACGCAAAGCCUUGCAGCUGGACUGCCGCGUGGCUCGAACUAGUCGGGAAUCGGAUAUGCAGCCUUCGGGAGUUCAGCCAGUGCUGGCCAAGGACUACAACAGAAGCACUGGUGAGCUGUUGGGCGUGCGGCAGACCUGUGCGAACGAGAGCGAUGCUUGCCCCUGCGGAGACUUCGCUUUCCGGUGCCAGGACGUGUGCGUUCCGGGUGCCAUGGCCGGUGAUGAAUGCCUCAGCACCACCCCCUUAAAAUAG